CCUUAGUUUCUUCCCGAGUCGUAUUGAUGACUUCAAAAUUUUUAUCUCGAUGGCGUAACGCACUUAUCUCGAUCUGUAGCCAAGUCUUGAACUGAGGUUUUCUAAUGGGCCGGUAGAAUAUGGUGGUGGACAACGAACGUCGAGAGCGUCACUUAAAGAAGUGCCGUGGCAUCCGAGAACUUGCCUAAUAGCAUGAUGAUAAAUUAACUUUGUCCCUCGAGAGCAUUAUAAAGCGUCCUGACUUCUUCGCUCUCUGCCAUUCUAUACUUCAACAUCUUCAGCCUUGUAAAUAGUCUCUUAUACGAACCAUUCGGACGUGAAAAUGCCUGGACCAAUAAUCGAAAAGGAGUACAACGGGCGCCGCGUAGCCCGGAAGACGGCCACCGAACUAGUUAGACAAUAUGCCGAUCUCAUCAAGGGUAAAGUCAUCCUGAUUACGGGCGUUUCUCCCAUGGGGCUAGGGGCCGCCUUCAUCGACUUCAUCGCGCCGAUGCGUCCCGCCACGCUAAUCCUCGCCGGCCGCAGCCCUAGCAAGAUGCAAGAAACGGCCAACCAGGUCUCCGCGGCAUCACCCGACGUAAAGGUACGCAUGGUCAAGCUGGACCUGGAAUCCCAGGCUGCGGUGCGCUACGCGGCGGCCACCAUCAUGGAGUGGUCCGACGUGCCUCACAUCGAUGUCCUGGUCAACAACGCCGGCGUCUGCGCUAUUCCCCGGGAUAUCACCGAGGACGGCUUCGAGAAGCAGUUCGCGGUUAAUCAUCUAGGCCCGUUCCUGUUUACAAACCUGGUCAUGCCUAAGCUGCUGGCGUCCGGGGCCCCUCGGGUCGUUAACGUUGGCAGUGACGGUCAUAACCUCAGCCCGAUCCGUUUCGAGGACCCAAAUUUCCGCGAUGAAUCUGUCUACCACACAUGGAUAGCCUACGGCCAGUCUAAAACGGCCAACAUGCUAAUGGCCAUCUCGCUGGCCGAGAAGCUCGGUCGGUAUAACCUGCACGCGUUUAGCGUGAACCCAGGGACCGUCCAGACCAACCUCGCCGCGUUCCUCGACUGGAAACGGUCUUUUGCGGAUCUAGCCAAGACGUCCCGGAUCCUGGGCCUCGCCGGGGGCUGGAAGCAGGACCGCGAUUUCCAGACGGUAGAUGAGGGCACGGCGACGUACGUGUAUGCUGCGUUCGACCCGGAGAUCACAGCCCACAACGGCGCACACCUGCUAGGGUGCCGCCUAGCAGACCCGUGGAAGGACGGCAUCAGGGCGUGGGCGACGAGCCCUGUCGAAGCCGAGCUGCUGUGGCGGAUGAGCGAGGAGCUGGUUGGCCAAGAGUUCGCGUACUAG